GCUGCCCUCCCCGCCUCCCGAGCUCAGUACGCUGUUGGAAUCGCACGGGCGCACAACACUAGCGCGUCCGCACUGAACAAACUAAACCACGAAAAAGGAAUACAAACCAACGGCGUUCUGUUUUAGGAUUAUCUGGAACUCGAACUAACUAACGGAAGAAUCACUAGGACUAUCCGUAAACUUUUAUCCGUGAUGAAUUGUGAAUAGGUCAGUGGUCUAUUCCCAGUCAUCUUACAAAGUCAUUCUCUACACAUUGAUCUGACCUGAGAUCAUUUGCUCGCCAUGAGAACAGCAGAGGAGUCUAGCACGGUGCUCCACCGGCUGAUCCAGGAACAGCUUCGCUACGGCAACCCCACAGACACGCGCACGCUCCUGGCCAUCCAGCAGCAGGCGCUGAGGGGGGGCGGAAGCAGCGGAGGAGGGGGCGCUGGCAGCCCCAGAUCCUCACUGGAGAGCCUCACACAAGAGGAGACGCAGGUGCUGCAGAUGUCCACGCGUCAGGAGCCCCAGGGCCAGGAGCACCAGGGCGACUACACGCACUCGGAGAGCCCCGUCUGCAGCCUGUACACGCUGCACAGCGAGGACCUGCCCACCUACGAAGAGGCCAAGGCCCACUCACAGUACCUGGCGGCCCAGAGAGGCCAGGUUGGCCUAGUCAUGCCCCAGCAGCAGCAGGGUAUUGCCAUCAUGGAUGGUGGUCACAGCCUUAUGGAUGCCCAGGAUAAGCUCGGAGAGGGCACGUGGGACUUGAAGAGGGAGCACGCUCGCUCCCUCAGCGAGCGCAUGAUGCAGCUCUCUCUGGAGAGGACCGGCUCCAGCGAGAACCUGCCCAUGAGUUCCUCGCACAGCUACCCCCAGCUGUCGGGGUACUUUGCAGGGCCCAUAGCGCCCCACAGCCAGGAGCUCCUGUCCCUGCCCAUGUCUGCGCCUGACCAGAGGGGCCCCCCUCCGGAAUACCCCUUCCUCGUCAAGCCCCCUGGAUAUAUGGUCAGCCACUCACAGGAGCAUGCGGGGCAGUACUACAAGGAGCCCCCACCACCCUUCCACUCCCAGCACCAGAGGUAUGGCCCAGCCCCACCGAUGCUGGUGCGCCAGAACGCUCUGCCCACGAUGACCCCUGCUGGCCAGGAGUACAUGAUGGUCGGCCAGGCGGCCCCUUGCGCUACUAGCGGCCAGAACGCCCAGGUGGACAUGCUGCUGAGGGAGAACGAGAGACUCCGGCAGGAGCUGGAGGGAUACGGAGAGAAGGCCGCACGGCUAACCAAGUUGGAGCAGGAGAUCCAGCGCAUCAGUGAGGACUACGAGGUCCUGAUGAAGGGCUCCAGCAAGCGAGAGAGUCUGGAGAAGGCCAUGAGGAACAAACUGGAGCAGGAGAUCAAGAGAAUGCACGACUUCAACAGAGACCUCAGAGACCGCCUGGAAACAGCCAAUAAGCAGCUCGCGGCCAUGGAGGUGGCGGACCAGAGCCAACACGUCUACGCCAAACUGGUCGAGCAGAUUGAGGAUCUUCAGCAGGAGCGCGACACCCUUGAGCGUGAGGUGCUGCGCCUGCGCGGCUGCGGCGAGGAUCUGCGUCGCCGCGGCGAUGCUCUGGAGCAGGCGCUGGGCGCGGCUCAGGGGCGCGGCCGGCAGCUGGAGGAGGAGCUGCGGAGGAAGAGGGCGUACGUGGAGAAGGUGGAGAGGCUGCAGAGCGCCCUGGCUCAGCUGCAGGCCGCCUGCGAGAAGCGGGAGGCCCUCGAGCUGAAGCUGCGCACCCGGCUGGAGCAGGAGCUCAAGAGCCUCCGCGCACAGCAGUGGCAGACCCAGGGCCCAUCGGCUGCGCUGGAGCUGAGCGCGUUGUCCCUGCAGCAGCAGCUGCGCGAGCGCGAGGAGCGGGUCCUGGCCCUGGAGGCCGACAUCACGCGCUGGGAGCAGAAGUAUCUGGAGGAGAGCACCAUGAGGCAGUUCGCCAUGGACGCCGCCGCCACAGCUGCCGCUCAGAGGGACACCACCAUCAUCAACCACUCCCCUCGCCACUCGCCCAACAGCAGCUUCAACGAGGACCUGCCCUCCAGCAGCCACCGCCACCAGGAGAUGGAGAACAGGAUCAGAGCUCUGCAUGCCCAGCUCCUGGAGAAAGAUGCCGUGAUCAAGGUGCUGCAGCAUCGCUCUCGUUGCCGCGAGCAACAGGGACUGCGGCCCGCCCGCUCGGUCCCCUCCAUCAGCACCAUCGCCACGCCAACAACAAACACCACCUGCACCAUUCGCUCCAAGGGGAAGAGCCUCUCCGAUGACCAGACAACUGGCCCCAUCCUCUCCCUGCCCCCCCCAGCUGCCCGCCUGCCCCCACCGAAGGCACACAGUCAGGACUGCAGCACCCAGUGUGACUACCCCGCCCCCACCCCGGAGAUCGUGGCUCCCACUACGGCCACAGCCAGUGAGACGCACGCCGCAGCCACACAUGAUAUUUCCCAGCUUCCCUCUACUACCACCAGCGCGGCGACCAGCCUGCUCAAGUGCCUCAGUGGGGACGCCGAUGUGGUGGAGAUCCUCAUAUGAACGCAGAGAUCUGGGGACUCUCUCCAGCAACGGAGGUCUAUGACUCUGUCCUAUAUGAACACAGAGGACUGGGACUCUCUUGUAUGAGGUCUGGGACUCUCUCCAGCACGGCUCUGGAGAUUGACAUGUAAUUCGGUCCGAUUAAGCAAGGUGGAGAUGGAGACGGUGCUUUUUUGCUAGCCCCUGUUUGACGUACUGCGUGGCACGUGGCGGACCGUAUCCCCCACCCGUGCCCUGCUUACCCCUCGUCAAGAUGGCUGGCUUGCCAUAACGUGGCAAGACCACAGUGCCUGCAACUUGGUCUCCUUUACGCUACCCUCCUUCCACCGCGCCCAAGGCCGCUCCGCCACAGACGAGAGGAUCUCGAGGCAGACAGACAAAGAAUGUCGACAAGGGUUCGUGUGUUGCUUAUCAGGGAGGAGAAUGACAGACAGACAGACGAACGGAAGAGGAAUCGUCACGAGGGUGUAGAGAGGAGAGGAGAGCUGAGCUCCCUUGAACUGCUGGCCUCUACACGUAAAACAAACAAACAAACCAACAAAACAAAUGAUGAGAGACAGUCAGUGAGAUGCAGGAGGUUCUCCUUCUGUCGAAUCGUUUCGGCAUCUCUAUGGGAGUACGCUCUCAGCUCUACGAUUUGACGAAGGAGGUUUCUGGCCAAUGCCAUGCCAGUGGACUGGACUGCCUGACAGUGGUAGACUAACCGGAUUACAGUGCUGUCUGUACCCCGGGACGUGUGCCUCUGUUGCCUGAUGUCCGCCUUUGCUGCCUGGUGCACGCGGGACUGGCUUCCCCCGAGGAACUUGGACAUUAACCAAACCCUGCAAAACGAUGCCGUGGGGCUGCUGCCUCCAUGCAAAGAAAACAAACAUACAAACAAACAAACAAAAAAACUAAAACUGCAUAUGUAUAAAUCUGUAUGUUCUCCUUUUUUAAGUAUUGUAUUUAUAUUUAUAAUAUGCUGCUGAUGGUGUGAGUUUUUAUUAUUUUUUUUGGUUUUUGUUGAGUGGAUGUGCGUGGAGAGUGUCAUCUGAAUGGGAUGGAAGAAUAGGAAAGCUCAAAAUUAGUGUGUGUGUGUGUGUGUGCGUGUGUCCAUCUUAUGCCCUGAAUGUUCCCCUUGUGUGUGUGUGUGUGUGUGUGUGUGUGUGUGUGUGUGUGUGUGUGUGUGUGUGUGUGUGUGUGUGUCCAUCUUCAGUUUCCCCAUAUUUAAACUGCAUACCCAACGCUUCUCUCCUCUCUUCACUCCUGUUUUCCAUUCCAGUAGAGCUUUUUUGAGUCUGGCAUUUUUAAAAAAGCUUUUUACAGCUUUCAACGGCUGUUCCACAUGUCUCCACACAACCCUCACAUUUGCCCUGCGUCCCCAAAAAUACAGAGAACAGAAUAGUUUGGUCUUUUUUGAACCAUGGGAAAGCCAAGUGGA